AUGGAACAAUUUAACCUGCCAGUUACACACAGUAGAAAGAAACCAUCAGAAUCGUAUGUUGGCAAGCUUCAUGAAACACAGAAGAGACUUGAUGAGGUGUUGGAGGUCGUUCGAAAUGAUAUAAACCGUUUCAUCGAGCGAGAAGGCCGACUUCAGAACCUCACUGAGCGUCUCGGCGAGAUGGAAGCACGAGCAGAACAAUUUUCACGCAAAGCAAACCGGGUAAGACGUAAUGCAUGGUGGCGUAGCGUGCAUUUAACGAUGGCAUUGGUAGCUGCUUGCAUGCUUGUAGUCGUGGGUCUUGUUGGUUAG